GGGUCGGCUUAUCAUGGCGGAUCGGACGGCUCCCAGCUGCCAGCUCCGGCUGGAGUGGGUGUACGGGUACCGGGGUCACCAGUGCCGCAACAACCUGUACUACACGACCGGCAAGGAAGUCGUCUACUUUGUGGCUGGGGUCGGGGUGGUUUACAACACCCGAGAGCACAGCCAGAAAUUCUUCUUGGGACACAACGACGACAUUAUCAGUCUUGCCUUACACCCAGAUAAAAUUCUCGUUGCAACUGGCCAAGUCGGGAAGGAGCCAUACAUAUGCAUAUGGGAUUCCUAUAACGUCCAGACUGUGUCUAUUCUUAAAGAUGUCCAUACACAUGGAGUUGCCUGUCUGGCUUUCGACUCAGAUGGACAGCGUUUAGCUUCUGUGGGAUUGGAUGCCAAAAACACAGUCUGCAUUUGGGAUUGGAGGAAGGGAAAACUUUUGGCCUCAGCCACUGGCCACUCAGACCGGAUUUUUGAUAUUUCCUGGGAUCCAUAUCAGCCAAAUAGAGUGGUUAGCUGUGGAGUAAAACACAUAAAGUUUUGGACGCUAUGUGGAAAUGCCCUGACUGCAAAAAGAGGGAUUUUUGGCAAAACGGGGGAUCUUCAGACCAUUCUUUGCCUUGCAUGUGCCAAAGAAGACAUCACCUACUCUGGUGCUUUAAAUGGCGACAUCUAUGUCUGGAAAGGGCUCAACUUAGUACGCACCAUUCAAGGAGCACACAGUGCUGGAAUCUUCAGCAUGUAUGCUUGUGAAGAAGGCUUUGCUACUGGUGGACGAGAUGGGUGCAUAAGAUUAUGGGAUACUGAUUUCAAACCAAUAACAAAAAUUGACCUCAGGGAGACAGAACAAGGAUAUAAAGGCCUCUCUAUCAGGAGUGUGUGCUGGAAAGCUGACCGACUGCUGGCAGGAACCCAGGACAGCGAGAUAUUUGAAGUAAUUGUGAGAGAACGAGACAAGCCAAUGCUGAUCCUGCAAGGCCACUGCGAGGGGGAACUUUGGGCUCUGGCCCUGCACCCCAAGAAGCCACUGGCUGUGACAGGCAGUGAUGACCGCUCUGUCAGGCUGUGGAGCCUGGCUGACCAUGCCUUGAUCGCCCGCUGUAACAUGGAGGAAGCAGUUCGCAGUGUUGCCUUCAGCCCUGAUGGAUCUCAGUUGGCCCUGGGCAUGAAGGAUGGCUCUUUCAUUGUUCUCCGUGUCAGAGAUAUGACAGAAGUGGUUCAUAUAAAAGAUCGUAAAGAAGUCAUUCACGAAAUGAAAUUUUCUCCAGAUGGUUCUUAUCUCGCUGUGGGAUCCAAUGAUGGCCCUGUAGAUGUUUAUGCUGUUGCCCAGCGGUAUAAGAAAAUUGGAGAAUGCAACAAGUCUCUUAGUUUCAUUACACACAUUGACUGGUCUUUGGAUAGUAAAUACUUGCAAACUAAUGACGGUGCAGGGGAACGACUCUUCUACAAAAUGCCAUCUGGGAAGCCUUUAACAAGUAAAGAAGAAAUUAAAGGGAUCCCCUGGGCUUCCUGGACCUGUGUGAAAGGCCCUGAAGUGAGUGGAAUUUGGCCAAAAUAUACCGAAGUCACCGAUAUCAACUCAGUGGAUGCAAAUUACAACAGCUCAGUGCUGGUGUCUGGAGAUGAUUUUGGACUGGUUAAAUUAUUUAAAUUUCCUUGUCUCAAGAAGGGGGCCAAAUUUCGGAAGUAUGUGGGUCAUUCUGCACAUGUCACAAAUGUCCGCUGGUCCCACGACUUCCAGUGGGUAUUGAGCACAGGAGGAGCUGACCACUCAGUUUUCCAGUGGAGAUUUAUUCCAGAAGGUGUCAGCAAUGGUCUGCUGGAAACUGCACCACAUGAAGGUGGCACUGAUUCCUACAGUGAAGAAUCUGAUUCAGAUUUAUCUGAUGUACCAGAGCUGGACUCUGAUAUUGAGCAAGAAACUCAAAUCAAUUAUGAUCGCCAGGUUUACAAAGAAGAUCUACCUCAGCUAAAGCAACAAAGUAAAGAGAAAAACCAUGCAGUGCCCUUCCUCAAACGAGAAAAGGCUCCUGAGGACAGCUUGAAACUCCAGUUUAUCCAUGGUUAUAGAGGCUAUGACUGUAGAAACAACUUGUUCUACACACAAGCGGGAGAAGUUGUCUACCACAUUGCUGCAGUUUCUGUUGUGUAUAACAGGCAGCAACACUCCCAGAGGCUGUACCUGGGUCACGAUGAUGACAUUAUCAGCCUGACUAUCCAUCCAGUGAAGGACUACGUGGCCACUGGGCAGGUUGGAAGAGAUGCUGCCAUUCAUGUGUGGGACACACAAACUCUAAAAUGUCUGUCAUUGUUGAAAGGACAGCAUCAGAGAGGAGUCUGUGCACUUGAUUUUUCAGCUGAUGGAAAAUGUCUGGUGUCUGUUGGUUUAGACGAUUUUCACAGUAUCGUAUUUUGGGACUGGAAAAAGGGAGAAAAAAUAGCCACAACAAGAUUUGUGGACUUAAGUUUUCAACUGCUGUGGGUAAAUGCAGUUGUUGCACCUAUGAUAAGAUUUGUGGGGACCCAGGAGAGCAAACUGGUAGACAGUGAGGAGUCAGACACUGAUGCUGAAGAAGAUGGAGGCUAUGACAGUGACGUGGCUCGAGAGAAGGCUGUUGACUACACCACCAAGAUCUAUGCUGUGAGCAUCAGGGAGAUGGAAGGCACCAAGCCACACCAGCAACUGAAAGAAGUUUCAGUGGAGGAAAGACCACCUGUUAGCAGAGCAGCUCCCCAGCCUGAGAAACUCCAGAAGAACAAUAUCACCAAGAAAAAGAAGCUGGUUGAGGAGCUGGCGCUCGACCACGUGUUUGGCUAUAGAGGAUUCGACUGCCGCAAUAACCUGCAUUACCUGAAUGAUGGGGCCGACAUCAUCUUCCACACCGCAGCAGCUGGCAUCGUUCAGAAUCUUGUCACAGGGAGCCAGAGCUUCUACCUGGAGCACACGGACGACAUCCUCUGCCUCACAGUGAACCAGCACCCCAAGUACAGAAACGUGGUGGCCACCAGCCAGAUAGGAACAACGCCUUCCAUCCACGUGUGGGACGCCAUGACCAAGCACACCCUCUCCAUGCUGCGGUGCUUCCACUCGAAGGGGGUGAAUUACGUCAACUUCAGCGCGACCGGGAAGCUGCUGGUGUCGGUGGGCGUGGACCCCGAGCACACCAUCACCGUCUGGCGGUGGCAGGAAGGUGCCAAGGUUGCCAGCCGAGGGGGUCACCUGGAGCGCAUUUUUGUGGUGGAAUUCCGCCCUGACUCAGACACGCAGUUUGUAUCUGUUGGGGUCAAACAUAUGAAGUUCUGGACCCUGGCUGGCAGCGCCCUGCUUUACAAGAAAGGAGUCAUUGGGUCCAUGGAAGCUGCCAAGAUGCAGACAAUGCUCUCUGUGGCCUUCGGUGCUAACAACCUCACUUUCACGGGUGCCAUCAAUGGAGACGUCUACGUGUGGAAGGACCACUUCCUCGUCCGCCUGGUGGCCAAGGCUCACACGGGCCCUGUCUUCACAAUGUACACGACCCUUCGGGAUGGACUCAUAGUGACUGGUGGAAAAGAGCGGCCGACCAAAGAAGGCGGUGCUGUAAAACUGUGGGACCAGGAGAUGAAGCGCUGCCGGGCCUUCCAACUAGAGACAGGACAGCCUGUGGAGUGUGUGCGCUCUGUGUGCCGGGGCAAAGGGAAAAUUUUAGUGGGAACUAAAGAUGGAGAAAUAAUUGAAGUUGGUGAAAAAAAUGCUGCUUCCAACAUUCUGAUUGAUGGACACAUGGAAGGGGAAAUCUGGGGCCUGGCCACUCACCCCUCAAAGGACAUUUUCAUUUCUGCCAGCAAUGACGGCACAGCCAGGAUCUGGGACCUGGCUGACAAGAAGCUGCUAAACAAGGUGAACCUGGGCCAUGCAGCCAGGUGUGCAGCCUACAGCCCCGAUGGCGAGAUGGUGGCCAUUGGCAUGAAGAAUGGAGAGUUUGUCAUCUUGUUGGUGAACAGCCUGAAAGUUUGGGGGAAAAAACGAGACCGGAAAUCUGCUAUCCAAGAUAUCAGAAUCAGUCCUGACAGCAGAUUCUUAGCCAUUGGUUCUUCUGAGCACACAGUUGACUUCUAUGACCUCACGCAGGGCACAAGCCUGAAUCGCAUUGGCUACUGCAAAGAUAUCCCAAGCUUUGUCAUCCAGAUGGAUUUUUCUGCAGAUGGCAAAUACAUUCAGGUGUCAACAGGAGCCUACAAGCGCCAGGUACAUGAAGUCCCUCUGGGGAAACAGGUAACUGAAGCUGUGGUCAUUGAGAAGAUCACCUGGGCCUCCUGGACAAGCAUUCUGGGAGACGAAGUCAUUGGCAUCUGGCCACGAAAUGCAGACAAGGCUGAUGUCAACUGCGCAUGUGUGACCCAUGCUGGCCUGAACAUUGUCACAGGAGAUGACUUUGGGCUGGUGAAGCUCUUUGAUUUUCCAUGCACAGAAAAAUUUGCCAAACACAAGCGUUAUUUUGGUCACUCAGCUCAUGUUACGAACAUCCGUUUCUCUCAUGACGACAAGUACGUGGUCAGCACUGGAGGAGAUGACUGCAGUGUAUUUGUGUGGCGAUGCCUAUAAAUGCCAGAAGCCUCUUAUAUUAUUGCUGCUGCUGCUCCCAUCCAGCAACUGCAUAGGCAGCGACGAGGGGUCCCCCAACACCAGCUGGCUGCUGGGACACGCCCUGAUGCUGCAAGCUGCACAAACUCUUAAGUGUUGGCAAAGUGGUGUGGCUGCUCCCGUCAUCUGGAGUCUCCUAAUGCCAAGAAAGAAGGUCAGUUCUAGAAUGUUCAGACUGCUUGACUCUGAGACUGAAAACUAUGUCCUAACAACAAAAAAUCCUAAUAAUGUAGCCCACAGACAAAAUUAAAAGCCUCAGUUACCCUAAUAUGUAGCUUUUGAUUUGCAUCAAAACUUUUACAGAAGAUGUUUUGCUAUUGUUUCUAUAUACUUUAAAUAAUUCAUUUUUACAAAUAAGUUGAGUAAGACAAUUUAAGUUAGAUGUACCGAAGUACUAGAAAUAUUGAUAGUCUCUGUUCUCCAUAUUUAGCUUUCAAAACCAAAUGAGCCAUGUAUAAAAGUUGAGAAACUUAAUUUUUUAAUGUUUCAUUUGCAAAGUUUUAUAUCCAUGAAGUGCCUUUGAAAGUUUCCAGUUGUGUGGGCUGCUGUCUCACCUCCCACAAAUUAUCUCCUUUCUACAUAUGGUGCUAAAAUUUCAAAACUGAGGAGGGCUAUAGGACCCUUAGCAGAUUCCCAGCGUCACCCACGUCAGGUGUUUAUGUCAAGGCUUCCUAAGUGAGAAAUAUGUUACCCGCUUAGGAAGUGGCGGCUCUAGGGAGGUGAGCAGGAAGGAACGUAAGUUCAGGAGGGAGGAGGUAGAACAGGUUUUUGUUAUGUUUAGUGCCAAACCUACAAAUCCACAAGAGUUCAAAUAAAACAAACCUACUACAAAGUGGAAGCCAAAAAAACCCGCAAGUGGGUGUAGGAGGGUAAUUUGAUUGGUCACAUUAAAUUUAAAAAUGCUAAUAACUGAGGUAACCAACUGCUGUGCUGGGUUGAUCACUCCCAGAGUGAGGGAGACUUGGCUCCACUGAUUUGCUUCAAGUGAACUAUACAGGUCACGUCACGGCUGGAUCAGCUCAGACAGAGUUAAUAAAUCAAGAUUAUAAAUCAAAAUAGUCUAGAGUUGCUCAGAAUUGGCUGGAUGACAGAAUGUGACUUGGACAUUAACCCAGACGUCCCUAGACCACCUCAGUCACACUUUAUGGUUGACCCAGCGGCUGCGGAGGGGCUGCCCGCACACACUGGAUGGCAGGCAGGAGGGACUGGGGCUCAGCACAGACACACCAGUUAGUCUUUAUGGUCAGCGAACUAAAGUUCUGAAUCUUGAGCUACUAUUAGCAGUUCUCUGUUUAGAAAUAUAGAUUAACAUUUACCACAGAAGUGCUUCAGCAUUCCAAAUGGAUUAGGGCGCUCAUUCAGCUAUUUUUAUAUGCCAGUUUAUUAAUAUUAAUGCCUUACAUUAAUCCCCUGGUAUGUUGCUGGGCCCACAACUGGAGUCUGUACACAGUCCUAAUUCUGUUUUCUGUAACCACGUGACUGGUGAUGUGAGGAUGACCAUGUCUGCCUAUAUUGUACCACUGACCUUUCACACUGAUAGGAUCUUGAAUUGAAAUAACCACAUGGAAAAACAAUGAUACAUGUACAACUAUAUCUAAACAGCAAUAGUGUCUGUGUCAAGAAAACUUCUUAAAUCUUAUUUGUAAACAAACAUUUAUAUGUAUGAUUUUAUGUUAAAAUAUUCAAAUACUGGUGCAUGGAUUUAUUUUCAGUUAUCAAAGUAUAAAAAUACAUAAUA